UUACGUGAUAACUGAAAAAAUCAAAGCCAAAGUCACGUGAUUAUCAUAUGACCAGCGAAGAUGGAGAACGUGAAGCUGCGAUAUCUGCUGAUUUCGUUCGUAUUUUAUACGACUGUAUCUGCUAAUCCGCUACAUGCCAGUUGCAAUGUUGAUUGGAAUUUUGGUUUAGCAUGUUCAGACGUACAGACACAAAUUAAAGAGAUAAUCAGUAAGUGGAAUGGACCUGAUAACUGCAAAGCUGGAGGAGAAAAAUGUUUCUACAAGCUUAAAUCGGUGUCAGAAACUGAACUAAAGGCAACCCAUGAAACACCAAAAAAACAUUACGUAGAUGAUUUAACCUUCACCUUUACUAAGAAGUCAGAAACACAAUGCUCAGUGAAGGGUUAUUCCACGUCAGAGACAUGGUAUGCUGUUCUUGAUUUUGGAACAAACUAUUGCAAUCUUCAUAAUCUAAUUACAGGUGCUAAGCUGGACAAAUCUCCUCAAUACAGCGAGUCAACAAGUAACUCCAAAUGUACACAGUUUUCCUCUGCUAAUUGUGACAAGUAUUGAACACACCUUGUACAUUCACUGAUGAAGACAUGGCCUCCUCUAAUAUUGGUUGUAUUGUAAUAGAAACACAGAUUUUUGUUGAAAAUUAGGAGGAUAUGAGAAAUAUUGAACAUAUAAUGUAUAGAUAAUAAGGAGUGAUAGAAGUACUGAAGUAAUACUGUAUGUUUGUAACAACAAUUUUCAUUGGACUAGGAUCACUAAUGUAAUACUGCACUUUUGUAACAACACUUUUCAUUGGACAAUCAUACCAUGUAUCUUAUAUACAUGUAAAUUUGUUAAAAAGAUUUUUAACAAGUUAUAUGGCUGUAAAUAAUUUGCUAUAAAACCUUUAAUUUCUGAACUUGGUUACAUAUGCUUAAAACAGUUAAAGCCGCUAUAUAACCAUCCAAAAGUCUUAUUACUAUUAUAUAACUUGUUUUUUGAGGUAUUAAGUCCAUUAACAGGUUAUAAAAAUUAAUCACUUGCCUUUUUCUAAUAUAUACUUAACCUUUGUCUAGAUAUUUUGUGACAGCUUUUCAUAUGCAUGCUCAUGUGAUCUGAUGUGUUUGAAAUUUGACAUUUUUUACAUUAACAUGGUUGAUUUUCAUUUGCCUGAAGUUGAAGUUUGUUUUGUCUUAUCAAUAUUUACAUAAUUAUUCCGCCUUGUUUUUUGUACAUUCUUUUUUGCAUUUUUAAACUUUUAUUUUCAAAAUUUGUCAUUAUACAAAGAUCUUACAGAUACACAAUUGCCCAUGAUAUUAUAUAUAUACAGUACAACUUAUUUUUUCAAUUCUAGUUUGAUAUAUGAUUUAAGUAUAAAGUAUGCUUACCUUAGAAAAAAGUUAACCUUUAACCUUGUAAAGGGAGGAAAGAAGUGAUAACACAGUUUUGCUAUUGUCUGUCAAAAUUUGUUUUAUUGCUAGCUUUACCUUUUUUUACUUUUUUUUUUCAAAAAUAUUUAGGAACAGAAAAUUACCCAUGACAGUUUUAUGUUAAAACUAAUUAUAUACACAAUAGUUUUGUUACAGAGUUACAGACCUUUAAUUGUGUGUUAAAGUACAUAUUGAGGUUUAUCAGUUUAAGGGACAGUUCUUGUGUUAUGAGUUUUAUUGUAAGAGGGAUCCCAACUGGGAGUUGGCAUGUUAUCAGGUGGUCCUUUAAAAAUUGCUAAAAUGGUUUCAUGUUUAAAACAGAAAUAAGACUUAAAUGACAUUUCCUCUAGCUCUUGUCUUAUUCUGAUAAAACUUAAUUGAUAAGAGUGUUCUGGUAAUUAAAUCUUGCAAAUUUAGACCAUAUACUCUGGUGAGUGAGAAACGACCAUCAUGUCCCUUUUGUUUUGUGGUAUCAAAAUAACAAAAAUCAAAUAUUGAUGUAUGAUACCUUUUUGUAAUUAAAAUUUAUAGCGACUUUAGAUAAUGAUAUUAUUAUUAUUAUUAUUAUUAUGUAUAUUUUAUAUUGAUUAUAUAUAUAAACACACUAAAGAUCUGUAAGUUUUGAUAACUUAAUACGUUUACCUGUUGCUUUAUAAUAUACAUGUAUUGUUAUAUGAAACCUGUGUUAAAUUUUUUUCUUAACCAUGUUCGUGUAUAUACACUAUGAUCACUAUUUACUUCAUGAAGUUUUCAGAUGGGAACAAAAGAUUUUGUAUGAUUGAGACUGGACAUUUUCUGCAUUUAAUGGUUAAAAUUUUCCUGAUUACAGUGAAUGCAUUUAAGUAACUUUAGCAACACUUUAACAGACUUACACUUUUGACAGUCUGGAAUGAUUAAAUUCUGUGUGGUAGAUAUGAUAAGAAUAUAGAUUAAAAUUAAAAGGUGUUAUUUUGCUUUAAAAUUUUGAAAACAGUUAUGUAGCUCAAAUUAUGAUAUCAAGCAAACAGAACAAAUGUUAAGCUGUUGUAAAAGAAAUCUCAAUGUUCUUCUCUUUAUUGGAUGUGUUAAUAUAUAUGAUUAUGUUUGUCAUAUUUUAUUUUCAUAAAUAAAUUCAUUGUUAUUCGGAAA